GUUCUGGUCUCGCUCCAGCCUCCCCUGGGUGACCUUCGAGUGGCUGAUGGUCCUUUUAGUCACCUGGGCAUUGCAUGCAGCUGGGAUGGAGACUGGCUGUACCUGGUCUCAUGUUCUGGAUCAUGGAAUUUGAGCAAAAUGGAGAAAGAGCCCCUUGUUAUUAUUCUCCAGUUCUCCAGGAUGGUGUCCCGCAAGGCCGUGGCCAUUCUGCUAGUGGUGCACGCGGCCACCAUGCUGGCUUCUCAAACGGAAGCCUUCAUUCCCAUCUUCACCUACCACGAACUCCAGAAAAUGCAGGAAAAGGAACGGAGCAACAGGCAAAAGAAAUUCCCGAACAUCUGGCAGAGGUCUGAGAAAGAGGAGCCCAGUGAGGAAGAAGAAGAAAACUUCACAAUCCAGCUGACUGCUCCUGUGGAAAUUGGAAUGAGGAUGAACUCCAGGCAGCUGGAAAAGUACCGGGCCGCCCAGGAAGGGCUGCGGAGGGAGGCACUGCCGCCCACCCAGCCCCGUAAGCUCUGCGGCCACACCUCAUGGCUUGAGGAGGGCUCUCUGUGGCGCGGGCCUCUGUCCACCCUGGUGUUAAUAUUCUAAGAAGCAUUUGAGCAGGA